AUGGAGGAGCCACCAUCGAAGCGCUUCAGGUAUACCACAUACACUGAACAGCUCAAGCAAGUCACCGUGGAUGUCGGUAAGCGUAAGGGACCGUCAUGGAAUGUUGAAGAGUAUGACUCGGAUACCGAGGACAACCGAACCCCUUUCACAGCUGAACUUGAUCGUUUGUCAAUUCAUGACCUCACCACUGGCUAUCAAAAUUUUCAUGCCUCCAUCAAACCCCUCUCCACCACCCUGACUCUCAUCCUCCUGAACCUUCAGCCAAUAUCUGACAACUUCUAUACUUUCUACUCGGCCUUGAAACCCGACGACGACCACUCCAAUUCAGGCGUUUCGUCGGUCUUAUCCCUUCAUCAUGCUCUAUUUGAGACCUGCAUGGCCGAAGCGAUCCCUCAGCUCCCCCAAACGGUCAAACACAUUCUUCACAUUGGUUCCAUCCCUCAAUUGGAUCCAAGCGUAGUGGAAAAAGCAUACUCAUCUCUGUCGCUUAUUCUUCGUACUAUUACUUCCCACCUUCUCAAAUCUGAUCCAGCUUCCCAACGAGUCCUCAGAGAGACAUGGACCGAAGUAAAGCUGUAUAUGGUGCCAAAGCGUAACAAAUCAUACGUUCGGAAAUGCAUCGCCGAAGCAUGGUCGGUGGUGAUCCGAAAAGCACGAGGAGAUGGGCUGGCUAGACUUAUGGACAUAAUGCUCGAAGACGACAGUGAAGGAUUGGAGGUGGUCUGGGCUUGCGCUCUGAAGGGACAAGGAAGCAACCUUCAUUCAAGGGCUAUGGCAGUGAUAGACACAUUACUCGACCAUGCCGCUGCGACCUCAAACUCUACCAACAAAUCGAUGCUGAUGAAGGUGUUGACUUCUCUGGUCCAUCACUGCUCCUCUUCCACAAUCACGCCCAUUGUCGAUGCUGUCGUAUCACGCCUAGACCUUCCCAUAGGGCCCUCUUCUUCCACUACUCCUGUGACUUCCUUUUCAGCAUCAUCCACAACGCUGCUUGAGCUCCUAUCGGUCCUUCUCUUCACGCGCAAAGGCAAGCGUUUUCCCGAGAGUCAUAUCCGACCGGCAAUGCUCAAGCUGCAGGCUUUGGUGCAGGAGCUCCCGUCGAUGGACGGCGAGAUUAACAAUACCGAAAUAGAGUGGAGAAGAGCUUUGGUCUCAGUUGUUGUCGGCUGUCUUGAGGUGGGACAUCUUCAACAAUGGCUUAGCCCAGGAGUACAGCUCAUCGAGAAACUUUGGGACGUUUUGACUGUACAUGAAAAGUACGCAUUCGCUAGUAUGCUGGUCGCGCACAAGUGGGCUGGGGUAGAACAAUUCUUGUUGCCUCAUAUUGCAAAAUCGGCGCUGGCCAAUGUGCGAACGGAACCCCUCCCUAUCCUUCAGCUUUUGCGUACUCUCGCCACUGCAGGCUACCUGACAGGCGGACUUUCCAACGUCCAAGGUGGACGUUGGCGUGACAGUCUUGUCUCUGCUCUGCAGGACAGCCUCGACAAUACCGAUAUCACCGAUGAAACUCGUGCGGCCGAUCGACGCAUCGUGGGUCAUGUUCUCGAACUCCUACCAUUAUUCGCUAGCACCAAUAAAAGAACAAUUAUCCGAUUGCAAGCGAUGAUAUCGGCCUUGAUCGAAGCUCAAGCCAAUUUCAGCGCAGCUACUUUGCGACAAACUUGGCUUAGUUCUAGCCCCUGGAACGCCGCUCAUAUCUUGGCAAAGCUCCUGCGAUGUUGUAUCCGACUACUCGAACGACACGGUGACGAGCUUUCUCCCCUGAAGCAAUUUCUGUGCGAUCAGAGUUUUUUACCUGUCCUGAUGGAGAAAUGGGGGUGGAAUCGAGAGGUGCUGAGUUGUGUCGCUACAUUGCUCGAUCGUUGGCCAACAGAGCCACCUUUCAUCACCGAGGUAUCCGAGAGAUUACUCCCAAACCUGUUGUCAUCCGACUCGUCCCUUCGUUUGUCAACUCUACGUAUUCUGAAAAAUACUACCUCAGGGACCGCCGAAGAAGUGUGGGAAUUAGCUCGUCAUGUGGAAUCUGCAGAAGUGACCGCUCGAAACGUCCGCGAGCGUACCACUCAUAUCGCCCGUCUGGGAAGGUAUCUGCAAGCCUUGCCCCAGGUAGAUGCUCCAGAUGAGCUACUGCGAGCUGCCAUCAAGUACCUACUAUCGCAGCUGAAGGUCAAUUUCCGCCCAAUAUACCCAGAGGUCGUCAACAGUCUUGCUACUUUGGCCAAUAUGCACGGUGAUUUGAUCUGGUCGACAGUGUGGGGAGAGCUAGAGAAGGUGCAACAGGAAACUCGGUCCAAAACGACCGACCUUCUGUCCGAGACACCUCAAUGGAUCAAUGAUGGACGCGCCCCAGGUUCUACCAAUCGACUCGACGAGGACAACGAGGACUUCCUCUGUCCCAACCUGCAGAAAUCUCGGGUGAUUGAGGCAGCCGCGUGGUCUACAACAAACCAAGACGUCGCCGACCAGCAGGACACAGCAUCCCAGAUCUCCGAUGAAGUACUUGACAUCCCCAAUUACGAAGCUCAACUGAUUGCCGUUCUCUGUGCUUGCCCGUCAAUAGCGGAGAAGCAUACCCGACAUCUCGUUCCCAUCUUAUUCUCCGUCGCUCGCCAUUCAGACGCCGAAAUCACCCAACUGCAGCUGUCCACACGACAACGACAAUCACGCACAGCGGUGUAUCUGGAAUUGUUCGCAAAGUUUCAAAACCCCAAAGCUGCUUUCCGAACCGAUGAACUGCAUAUCCUUUACCUCGAGCUGGUCAGUCGUGGAGAGUCCAAGCUGCAAAGUCUUGCCUUGAAGUGCCUAAUGACCUACAAAUCUCCCAGUUUGAACCCGUACCACGAUAGUCUCCAGGCGUUGCUCGACGACUCUAAAUUCCGUGAUCAGUUAGCACACCUCCCUCUUGGGACCACUAGUGAAGCCAUCGAGCCGCAACAUCGUGCCGAGUUGUUACCAGUUGUCAUACGGCUGCUUUAUGGGAUCAUCACUGCACGGCGGGGGAAGUCCAGCGCCCAUGGGGCUGGUGCUAGGAAGCAGGCAGUCCUGACCGCCUUGAGCGGUUGCACAUCCGCCGAAUUGGGUACGUUGGUGGACCUCAUGUUGGAACCACUCUCUCAAAUCAGCCCGCCUGUCAGGCAGCGAAUAGGAUUCCUUGCUUUACUACAAGACGUGCUACGCUACCUAGGUCCACAAACCCUACCACACUGGUCUCGACUCAUCGAUGCUGUCAUCCUUCUUUUGCGUCACGCACAGACUGAAAUCGAUGGAGCAAUGAUUUCUGAGCAGGACCAAGGAGAGGAGGAAGAAGAAAAGGAGGAAGACGAAGAGGAGGUUCCGCACUCAACUGGUCAAGUUCGUGGGGUCCGUACUGCAGCCAUCAAACGGCUGGUACAGUUUCUCCGUUCCCCCAUCGAUUUUGAUUUCUCUCCUUUCUUACCACACAUCUUUGCUGUCGCCAUCUCCCCACGUCUCUCUAAACUCGAAAUCGAAAACACUCAAGCCCCAUCUGGUACACUGGACCUCAUCGCUGCCCUAGCCUCUCUCCCAUCUACAGCUCCGUCAUUGUCACGACACGAUGAACGAACUCUGCCCAAAGCAUUCGCCUGUAUGACCGCAGUCAAGGUAAAGCCUGCGGUUAUAGCGAGAGUUUUUGACAUCGUCGAAUCUUUGCUUGGUGAUGGGAAAGAAGAAAAUGACUCAUUAGAAGUCCUGAGGGAACAAUGCCAACCAUUGUUGGACAACAUCAUCAAAUUGUUGCCAAACAUGAGCCAAGCCGGUGACGACCUCAUGCGGCGGCUUCUCAACAUCCUCUCCAACUUAUCGGACAUUGUGACGGAGGGCCCACAAGCUCAGCAGUUGGUCUCGCUAUUGGGACCGAUGUUACGACGGUCAAAUAAACAGGUCUCGGAGAAGAGUAAAGCCAAUAUCCUCAACACUUUGCAAAAGCUCUAUGUCUUGUCACCCGAAUUCCAAAAUCCCCAGAGCACCUUCUUCGAGCGAAAUUACGAGCUCAUAUCCCAACAACUGCAAGUCAUCUUCUUCCCGUCUUCCCGUAAAGCCGUCCUGGCUGUCAUGAAGACAUUCGGUCAAGUGGACACAACCCUGCAGAAGACGAUAGACCUGAUUUGCAACCUGAACGCUUAUUCUUCCAGACGGAUCGAGGAGCCCGAUUUUGAUAAGCGACUAGAGGCUUUCGCUAUGUUGACAGACACGGAUGCCGAGUUGCCACUUGGGAGUAGAGAAUGGCUUCCCAUUCUACGUACAGUGCUGUUUUUCAUCCACGAACCCGAGGAGUUGUCUAUCCGUACGAACUCAUCCGCAGUUCUUCGCCGUUUCAUCGACCUGGCUGGCUCUGCCACCGAAGGUCCACUCAUCGACUCUCUUACACAUAUCAUUCUUCCUGGCCUUCGUCGCGCACUGAAAUCUAAAUUGGAAUUGGUCCGGAACGAGGCUCUCUUGGUCAUCUCCCACGCUGUACAAAUCUCUACUGGUCUGCCCACUCUUACAGAGAUGACUCCCCUGCUAGCGGAUGGAGACGAGGAGGCGAAUGUGUUCAUCAAUAUCGGACACAUCCAAGUUCAUCGACGAUCCCGAGCUGUUCGACGCCUACGAGACUUCAUCUCAGAGAGUGUGGUGGGCGAGAAUAAUUUGUUUCACAUUUUCCUACCGAUCCUGGAGCAUAUCAUUAAUGGUGCAACCGAUGUGACGGACCAUCAUCUUAUCAAUGAGUCGAUAACAACCCUUGGGGCUUUGGGAGGGCACUUGAGAUGGAGCAGAUACAACGGACUUGUCAUGCGAUACCUCAAGGCGGGAAAGACGAAGACAGUUCAACAAAAGUAUUUCAUCAGGACUAUAUCGGCACUGCUUGAAAACUUCACAUUUCCGUUAGCCGAGUCGCCUGUCGUUGAAUCUCAUCCCCAGUCAGCAGCAGUUGCACUUGACGCAGCUGAAGUGGCGGAAGAAGUGGAGUCAGAUGCCGGGGAUUUGCCGGAAGAGAUCACACCCAUCGAAAGGGUUCCAAGCUCGAAGAUCGCAGAGGCGGUCACUGAACGUCUACUUCCUGCAAUUUCCGACUUUGUGGCUUCAAGGGACGAGACGGAUCCCGCGAUCAGAAUUCCUCUUGCUCUUGGUGUAGCGAAAUUGGCAAGUAAGCUUCCCGGUGACCUUGGGUCGAACGAAAUCACUCGUGGCUUGACGACUGUGUCCCAAAUCCUUCGUAGUAAAGAGCAGGACACACGUGACAUCGCUCGAGAGACCAUUGGAAAGAUUGCAGUGUACCUCGGACCUUCAUGGCUCGUACGAGUGCUGCAAGAAUUACGAACUGCGUUGCAGAGAGGACCACAGAAACAUGUAUUGGCAGUGACGACUCAUUCUAUACUCGUGCUCGCUACCACCGAAGCGAACGACCGUUUCAUCGACCUCAACGCUGCAGUGGAAGACGCGGUAUCUAUCUCAGCCGAGGUAAUCUGGGGUGGAUCUGGAGAAGACGCAGCCGCAGAGGGAUACAAGACCAAAAUGAGGGAGGUCAAGGGUGCAACAUCGCGGGGUCUUGACACAUUCCAGUUGGUCGCCCGACUCGUGUCCGCCGCCAAACUCAGCUCGGUUUUAGCUCCGGUCAAGGAGAUAAUGCAUGCCUCUCAAGCGGUCAAGACCAUGAAACAGGUGGACGAGGUGUUACGACGCAUUGCUCUGGGUCUGAACGCCAACGUCAUGCUUUCUCCUGAAGAUAUCCUUUCGCUCUGUUACUCCCUCAUUUCUGGCAAUUCAGGAUACACCAGAGUCAAACGAAAAGCUCAGAAAGAAGCAACAGCAAAGGAGAGCUACCGCGUACGGAUGAAGAGGGACGACAGGGAACAAGAAGAUUUCUUUCCUCUGAACGCGCACAAAUUCGUCUCUUUCGGUCUGGACCUCUUUAUUACCGCCUUUCGAAGGGGUAAAUUCAAUUUCGAUGAGCCAGGUCAUCUCUCACGAUUGGCUCCUCUGGUGAACGUCAUUGGGAACACGCUUUACUCUCCAACUUCUUCAGUGCUCAGUCUCGGUCUCAAGGCCGCAGCGGCUAUCACCAAAUGUCCCUUGUCUCAGGUCGACGCCGCUCUUCCCGUCUUCAUCAGUAACAUCUUCAAAGUGCUCAAGUCAGCUGGAGGCUCUGCCGAAUCUGAAGUUGCUCAAAUUGCCUUGAAGACCCUAGCGGUGAUUUUAAGAGAAAACAAGACGUCUCAAGUCACAGAUACUCAACUCAAAUAUCUGGUCGAGAUAAUCACUCCAGAUCUUGAAGAUCCCUCUCGACAGAGCGCCAUAUUCACUAUCCUCCGUUCGGUAGUGGGUAGACAAUUCGUCAUUCCGGAGAUAUACGACUUGAUGGAAAGAGUAUCAAGUAUCAUGGUCACUUCCCAAGCGGUACAAGUGCAAGAGAUGUGUCGUGGGUUGCUCAUGCAGUUCCUUCUAGAGUUCCCUCAAGGACCCGGUCGUCUGAAAGCUCAAAUGACUUUCUUAGCCAAGAAUCUUGACUACGAGUUCGAAUCGGGAAGAAUCAGUGUCAUGGAGAUUCUCGCUGCCGUUUUCGACAAGUUCUCUGACCAGCUUAUCGAACAAUAUGGAGAUAUGUUCUUUGUUGCUCUUGUGGCUGUCAUCACCAACGAUGAAAGCGAAAAGUGUCGUCUCAAUGCGGGUGCGUUGGUGCAGAAACUGUAUGGAAGAUUUGGGAAUGAACACAGGGUGAAAACAAGACAAGUCCUCCAGAGUUGGUUGAAUCAGAUUAAUAACCCAGCUCUGGGUCUGACAUCGCUUUUGGUCUACUCUCUUCUUGUCGACAUCCAAGACGUGGAUCCUAGACUGGUGGACGAAGUCGCCUCAGCUAUCAGACCCAUUAUUCAAAGCAGCGCUAAAGAUGUUGCCAAAGCGGAAGAAUCGGACGAUCCUAUCUCUCUAUCUCAUCCUGUUCCCUUGCAGGCUUUGACACUCGCAUCCAAAUUGGUUAAGCUUCCAGAAAUAUCUGUGACAUCACUCCCCUGGACCGAUAUUUCUUACCAUCUAGGCUUCCCACACGACCAACAAGAACUAUUGGAAGUGACGAAGAAAGCAUGCUUGCUGUUUACUCCGGGCAAAAACGAAGACGGGGAGUAUGUGGUUGUGGACGGCAAAUUGGCCGACGAGCUGGCGAAGUUGUUAUGGCAUAUAGGGAAACAUUGGGCGACAACAGAAGCGGAUGGUACAAAUCCGAGUAUGAUUGCACAUGAGGACGAUAGCGAUGAGGAUGAAGGCGAAGAAUCUAGGGGCGGGAAGAGUAAGUGGCCACUGGCAUGGCUAAUGUCACGGAUGUCUUACCUCGUUCGACAACUCGUGGUCACACGUCCAGCAGCCCAUCAGAGCAUGUUUACAGGGGACCUCUGGAUUCCACCCACCAUGGCCAUCCUCCGAUUCUUCGCAGGAAUGUAUCAAACUCUCUCCCGAUCACAAUCCUCCCGUUUCUUACCCCACGUACUCAGUCCCAUCCACCGGAUUCUGGAUGAUGUCGAGUUAUCAACUACAGCAACCGAACUUGACGCACUCAGAGCACUCGCCACUGAGAUUCGUGACUUUGUUCAGACCAAAGUGCCCGCUUCGGACUUUGCCAAAACUUGGGAAUCCCUUCGUCGUCAUACCACUGAAAAACGUGAAGAACGUCGACAAGCUCGGAACUCUAUGGCGGUGUCCGAUCCUCAGCGCCACGCUUUGCGUAAAGAGAAAAGAGGGGUGAUGAAGAAAGAAGCGAAGAAGAGAAAGGUUAAAAUGUUUGCGGAUGGUAAAAUGAGAGAGAGACCUAGUAAGCGGCGGAGUUAGCUUGAUAUUUAGUACGAUGCAUUGAUCUAUUUUUGAGGUGAAUG